AAUGGACUGGAGUUCCCUAGGCAGGGUGGGAGAUUGAUCAACGAAAGAUUAACAGCCUGGCGAAGGCAAAAGCAACAGGCUUUGAGUUAGAUCGGGUUGGUUGGUUCUUUUUCAGAAAGCACGUUUUGAUCAAGGGUUUGACUUCACCUCCACUUAAUUCUUAUCUCCAGUCCAGUUUCUUGCGGCGUCAGCGGCGGGCUCUCCACUUGGAUGGAACCUUGUCAUCGUUUUGCAAGGAGAAUUCGACAAGGCACUGGACGAAAUUAGCGGCGGUGUCGUUGGUGUAGCGUUUCCCUCUUUCGGCAUCGGACGAGCAAGAAAAGAGCAGCAGAAAGCAGUCGCUAGUGUUGCAAAAGAAAAUUCUUUAUACACGUGCCAUUGUUUCCCUGGAGUGGCGAUUAUCAAGCGAAUUUCGGGAAAUUACGAUGAGGUUGUUCGGGCGAAGCACUACCACAGCAGCAUUGACAGAGGGAGCACAAUCCGCAACAGAAACUGCUGGAACCCCUACUAACCCAGCAGCACCGCUUUCUCCCCUCCUAGUAGUACCUCCUGCGUCGCCUUACAACGGCAGUCAAGCGAGUCAGAGCCGGUCAAGCGCGUGGGGUAGCGGAACCGGCACUAACGGCACCACCAGUGCCAGCAGCGAUGGAUGCGGGACGGACGGCACGGAUGGAACGGACGGUCUGGAUGACUCCUCGGACGAAGCCGAUGGCGGUCCUCCGUCUUUCCUCUGCUUCGGCGGGAACCGCGGAAUCUGGAACGUGUCGGAUUUCGAUUGGAGGAGCCCCUUUAUGGCAUCCUUGCGAAGCCGAUGGAGAGGAAAAGGGGGAAAGGCCGCCGGAAAAUGCGGAGAAGCCGGCCGAGAGGGAGAAUUGGCUGAUAAAAACGGAAGCGUGGCGGUAGUAGACAUCCCUUCCCCUUCCGCCGACGGCGGUGAACACAGCCCCAGGUCGGUCGGAAGCGGAAGAAGGAGCCUGCUUGCGCCCGCCGGGGGGGGAAGCGGAGCGGAAAAAGAGCCGCUGAUUCCCUGGCGGAGGCGGUACCGGCGGAACAACCGCUACAUCCGCCACCGGCGCGGGGAGGGCCCGGAUGGGUCCACGUGGCAGUACGUGGGCGACGUGUUCAGCGUGCAGCGGUAUUUGCAGAUGAGCAUGAUGUGGCGCCACGUGUGCAUCGCGAUGUGGGUGCUGGUGACGGUAGCGGCCGCUGUGGCUGUGUUCACUGCGACGUAUAAGAACUUCCAAAAUGAGCGGCAGGUAGCUUUGGAGGUAGAGUGCGAGGCGUACAAGAAGUUGCUGCAGGACCACUUCAUCGACACCACAAACCAGAUCCGCCUGCUGGCCAACCUGGUGACCACGUUUCACUACAACAAGCCCCAGGGGACUCUCGACAGGUCCACGUUCAUGGGGUUCCUCAACGACACGGAGUACGCGCGUCCUCGUUUGACAGACAUCUCGUUUGCCGUUAGAGUACCGCAGGCAGAUCGGCGCCCGUUUGAGCGCGCGCAGGGGAGCGGCUUCUGCAUCAAGCAUGACAUGGCAUGUGCGGAAGAGCAGUCCGAGUAUGCACCCAUUCUAUACACAACGUCCACUCAUGUGCCCAUCGGACAAGACAUGAUGUGGGAUGCCUUUCCAGCCAACAGGGAGGCGGUGAUUCGAGCCAGGGACCAGGGCAUCAUGGGAGCACUCACCCCUCCCCUGCAAAUGGGGGUCGAUUCAAUGGGCGGCAUCAACGUCGGCAGCAGCAGCAGCACCGGCGCGUCUGGCAACACUGUAGCGACCGAGGCGAGUGGUAACCGCGACCUCAACACGCUCAUGUUACGUGUGUACCCAGUGUACAAGGAACGGACCCCACCUGACGCAGGAUCGAGCGUGGGCGAGUUCCGAUCCAAGUGCCGAGGGUUCAUGUCGGCUCUGCUGGAUUUUGAGCCGUUGAUCAAGUCGCUGCAUCGCGAGCACAUGCCGAUGUUUGUGAGAGUGUACGAUGUGACAAAUGGGAGCAGCGAGGCGCAGACGGGGUACUAUAACGGGGCCAACACCGCUGCCAGGGGGAAUGCCAGCAGCGGGGGCAGUGGCGGCAAUGGUAGCAGCAGCACCAGCGGCACCACCAGCAGUAUGAUGCCAGCCAGUGGUUACAGCACCGGUGUUCGAAAAAACACCGGCACUGGCAGCAGCAGCAGCAACGGGGAUUCGAGCCAGGCAGGCUUCGGGGGUGGUGAAGCAACGAUUGGGUUUGGAGAUACGAUGGCAGCGCCAGGGGAGGUGUUGGGGCGGGGCAGCAUGGAGCGGCUGAUGUAUGAACCGGUGGGCCACAGGCUGGCGAAGGGGGAGAAGGACUCGUACAACUACGUCACCACGCUGGACCUGGGGGACCCUUACCGGCAGUACGAGAUCCGGUGCAGGUAUAUUGACUACUACGUCUUCCCCUAUUCCUGCCUCGGCUGGGCGCUCGUUAUAAUCACGGUCAUGUCCCUUCUGGGGUACGUGUGGUGGGUGGCGAGCUCGCACGUGCACCAGCUGGAGCACGACUUCCACCGCAUGGAGCUGCUAAAGGACAAAAUGAAGGCCGCCCGGAACGUGGCGGAGCGCGCCAGCAAGGCCAAGGGGACGUUUCUGGCCACCAUGUCGCACGAGCUGCGCACGCCCAUGAACGGAGUGAUAGGGAUGCUGAAUCUGCUGCUGGAGACGUCGCUCACCAUCACCCAGCUGGACUACGUGGAAACAGCCCGGACCAGUGGGCGGGCGCUGCUGGAGCUGAUCAACGACAUCCUCGACCUCUCCAAGAUAGAGGCACAGAAGAUGCAGCUGGAGCACGUGCCCAUGGACGUGCGCUGCGAGGUGGACACUGUCUUGACCAUGUUUGUGGAGCGCUUCCGAGACAAGCCCGCCCUCGAGGUCGCUGCCUACGUUGACCCCCUUGUGCCCGCUGCUGUGCUCGGGGACUCGCUGCGUUUACGGCAGGUGCUGAUCAACCUGCUGUCCAAUGCGUGCAAGUUCACCGAACGUGGUCACAUCUUCAUUGCCAUCCGCACGGCAGACCCCGAUGAAGAUCUGCGCAAGGCGGCUCGCAAGCACCCCCACCACCGUUCCACCCGCUUGCACGCCCCUGCCAUGAUAGCUGAUAAGCCUUCGAACACAGCCAAGAUAGCUGAUAAGCUGUCCGUGGUAGCAGUAGAAACAAAGGCCAGCGUAGGCGGUGCUGGUAACGCUGCUGCUGCUGCUGCUGCUGCUGCUGGGGGAGGUGGUGGCAGUGGUUGUGAUCGGGGCAAGGAGGAUGAAACAAGCGAGGGCACGGUGGAGGGUGCAUCGAAGGAGGUUGCCUUUCGACCCGAGCGGCAGUCGGCUCGCUUGAGUGCCCUCAUGCUCGCUGCUGAUGCUGGGGCUGGUGGCGUGGCUUCUGGUGAUGCUGCUGCUUGUGCUGCUGGUGCUGCUGCUGCUGGUGCUUCUGGUGCCCCUCCUAGUGCUGCUGGUGCGACCACCAUUGCCGCCACAAACCCCACAGCGCCAGACAAGAACAGCCCCUCUUCUCUACCGUCACCUGGUGUUGCCCCACCCACCGAACGAGUCAGCUUAACCGGUCGAACGAGCUUAACAGGCAGGCGAAACAGCAGCAGCAGCAGCAGCAGCGGCGGCGGCGGCGGCGGCAGCGGCAGCCUUGGUAACGGGAGCAGGGCACCUGAGAGCCUGACUCUAAGCGGGAGGGAGGCGGUUGACAGCUGCAAUAGCUGGAAGGUGCUCGCAGGGCGGAGGGAGAAGUGGUGGGAGGAGGGGAUGAGCAGGGGGAAGGGGAGGGGGGAGAAGGGUGGGGAGGAGGGAGGGGAGAGGGAUGGCGGGAUGGACGGAGAGGAAGGGGAGGGUGGGUCGGAGGGUGUAGAAGGUGUGGUGGGGGGGGCAGCAGGAGGAGGAAGCCCUUUGCUGAACGGCCCGACGGUGCGAUUGGUCAUCUCUGUGGAGGACACAGGCGAGGGCAUCCCCUACCCCGCUCAGCGCACCAUCCUGAAGCCCUUCAUGCAGGCGGAUGCGAGCACAACACGUACUCACGGCGGCACGGGCAUCGGGCUCUCCAUCUCGCGCCACCUCGUGGAUCUCAUGGGUGGCAAACUGUCCUUCACCUCGCGCCCGGGGGUUGGGACUACAUUCUUCUUCGACGUUGUCAUGCCAUGUAACGGCCGCCAGGGCGAGCCGGUGGCGGCUGCUGUUGUUGCCGAUGCCGUCGCUGCCGCUGCUCGUUCUGAUCAUGCUGCUGCCGCUGCCGCUGCCGCUGUUACUGCUGGUUCAAGGGCGGCUGAAAAAGCAGCAGCAGGCGCAGCAGCACCAUUGGCAGCAUGUCCUCUGUCGAAGGCUGCAGGGUCAACAGGGACAGACUCUGUCAUUAUCGAGAUCGGUGAUUCAAGAGAUGGUGUGGCUUUGAGUGAAGACAAUGGGUGCAGCUUCCCGCUCCUCGCCGAACCAACAUCAGGUCUGGAGUCACCGAACCUGCCAUGGGGUGUGCAAGCUUCAGCAGCACCAGCAACUGCAUCGCCAGUAGCAAAACCUCCAUCACCGGCACUUCGAGCAUCAUCCCCAUUAUUGUCAUCCCCGUUAAGAGCAUCUCCGCUGCACGUGUUGCCAGCCUCGCCCCUACACCUUCUCCAGCAGACCGAAGCGAGCUUAUCCCGGUUCUCUGCCAUUCUCCUAGACGACCGAGCCGUGCGGUUUGGCGUGAUGGAGAGCCUGCUCAACAGGCUCGGCAUCCCGGUGCUGAACACCCCCGAAGCUGUUACCGCACAUGCGGUGCACAUACCACUCCUCACUAGUCCACCCCUGCCUUUGGAGGCAACCUUAAAGCCCAGCAACGAUGUCUCUGGCUCCCUGGUUGCUGCAGCCGCAGCAGCAGCAGUUGACGUUCAGUCAGGAGCGGUGGGUGGAUCGGGUGCAGCACAGUCAGGGGUUGCUAAGCGGCCUGUGAUUGUGGUGGUGGAUGCGGAGUGGCUGGGAAGGCACAACAAGGCAAUGCAGCGGCAGAGACGAGAGAACCAGCUCCAGCAGCAGCAAGGGCAGUUGGGGCAGCAGGAGGAGGAGGGGAAGCGGAAUGAGGGCAAGAGGUGCAUCAGCAGUAGCAGCUGCACAUGGCAAUGGCUUGCACUGAAUGCCAUGGCUGAAGCAGGAUACGAGGUUCGGCCGAACUCGCUUCACCAGACUGGCUCGGCAGAAGCACCUGGUACCCAGUGUGGUAACCUAGGCUGUGGUAACCAGGGCUGUGGUAACCAGGGAUGUGAUAACCAGGCCAAUGGCAGCAGCAGUGGCAGCAGUCCCGAGAACAGCCAAGCCAGCAGUGCGAGUGGUGACAGUAAAGGAAGUGACAACAGCAGGGCCGAAUCAAAAUGCCACACGUGCGGGCUUCCUCAGCUGAUCAGAGGGAGUACCUGCAGCAUUGGCAGCAGCGGCAGCAGCAGCAGCAGCGGCAGCAGCAGCAGCAUUGCCAGCAUAGGAGCAGGCACAGAGGCCACCACUCGCAGCAGUUUCAGCAGCAGCAGCAACGGGGGGGUGUGUGGCUUCUGCUGCUGUGGGAGCAGACGGUAUGAACCGACGCCUGGCACUGAUGGCAUGGGGGAAUGGCCUUGGUUUGCUGCAGUGCUGCUGGCAUCAGGGCAUCAGCACCAGCACCAGCACCAGCAGCAGCAGCAGCAGCAGCAGGGGGGGGGCAAAGGAGAGGGAGCUGCAGCCACCACAGCAGCAGCAGCAGCAGCAGCAGCAGCAUCAGCAGCAGAAGCAGCCAGUAAGGCUUUUGACGUGAUUCUAUCGAAGCCUGUGAGGCAGUCAGCCCUCUCCACAAACCUCUCACAGCUGAUUUUGGGGGCGAAUGGGGGACUGGGGGAGGGGGAUGCGGCAGAGGCGGCAGAGGAGGAGGAGGAGGUGCGAGGAAGGGUGGCGGCGAGGGAGGAGGAGGAUGAUGAUGGUGAUGACGAAAGGGAGUAUGAUGAGGAGGAUGGGGAGGAAGGGGAGGAAGAGGAGAGUAAGGCAGGGAAAGAGGAGGAAUGGAGGAGGGUAGGAAGGGGCACAGAAGGGGCGGGGACAGGAGGUGAGUGCCAGCAGCAGCAGCAGCAGCAGCAGCAACGGCCAGUCAAGCAAAGCUCGUUGGAGCAAAGCUUGCCUGGACCUGUGGUGCGCUGGCUGCUGCCUGACGAUGACGAUUGUGAUGGUGGUUCGGAUAGAGCUAGCUAUAGCGGCCCCUUGGCUGCUCGUUGCCGCGGAGAUAAGGCCCUUUACUGGCCUGGAACCACCACGGGCGCCACCAGCACUGCCAGCAGCAGCAGCAGCAGCGGCAAGAGUCCCCAAAGAGCGGGCAUCCUCAAGUCUAGCACCACUGAUGGGAAGACGGGCGAAGCCUCUGCUGCUGCCGACGCUCCGGCCCCUGCUGGUAUUGCUCGAGAGAAUGGCGACGGGCUUGCCAUGGCCAAACCCACCACUCCGCAGGGCUCAGGUGGACGAACGAGGCGGGUGAGAAUGAGCUUCGAUGGGACUACUAACAGGUCAACAGGGUCAAUGGGGUCAACACAGCCCUCAGACGCAAGGUCCACAGGGUCAACUGGGUCAGCAGGGUCAACAGGGUCAUUGAGGUCAACACGGUCAAUGGGGCCAACGGGGUCAACGGGGUCUAGAGCCCGCAAGUCCACCGGUUCAAUGCAGGAGGGGGACAGCCCAGCCAUGUCGUCGUGCCUCAAGACCCGCACUGCCCCCCCGGCGUCUGCUGAGAGCACUCGGGCUCUGCCGCCCAUGCUGCCCGCAGGAGCGUCGUCGAGGCGGAAGGAGAGCGAUGGAGCCAGGCUGCUGUGCCUGGCACUCAAGGGAAAGAAGAUUCUAGUGGUGGACGACAACAUGGUGAACCGCAAGGUGAUGACGCGCAUCCUGCAGCGCUACGGGGUGGAGGUGGAGGCGGUGGAUGGCGGGGCCAAGGCUGUCAAGGCCGUGCAGCACGCAGCGCCCAGAUUCGACUGCGUCUUCAUGGACGUGCAGAUGCCUGAAAUGGAUGGGCUAGAAGCCACGGGGCUCAUCCGCAAGCAUGAAGCUAGUUUGAAUGGUGGAAGCAACCAACAAGAUGGACGGGGAACAGACAGGCUGUUGGUAAUAGCACUAACGGCUGAUGUGGGUGCUGGCACUAGGGAGAAGUGCUUGAAAAAUGGUAUGGAUGGCUACAUGACCAAACCAAUAGAGGAAGAGCAGCUUUGUCGGGUUGUGCUGCCCUUCUUCACUGCCUUAGCAGCUUGUACAUGAGCCUGUAUUAAUAAAAUGCGCUUUUCCUA